UCUCGUCAGUUCAGUUUGAGUCUCAACUGACUCACGAACCCCACACGAUUCCUCCUCUGCUAAUAAGAGAGCAACGCCAAGCAAACUGCUAGAAUUGUGCCGGUUGUAAGUGAAAGCGCUUUGCCGGAUUUUUACCAUCAGACUUCCCCUGUCCGACCCGUGCUUUCUCCAACAAUUUGUUCACGGAAUUCCACCAAAGCAGCCGCUGUUCUGCUGUGUAACACGUAAUUGCGGACCAACCCGGCUAACUGCAUCUGCAUAAUAAUAACGCAGGGUGCUGCACAUGAAUAUUAAUAACAAGUUGAGACAGACAAGUGAGUGAGUGAGUGAGCUGCAGUCUAAAUAUUGAUGAUACCGAUACACCUCUCUCUCUCCUCGUCCAAGGUAGAAAUAAAUAAAAGCCUUUGAACUUGGCUAAAGUGGAUCGCACAGGAUAAAAGUUCUCUCAUUCUGUGCAUACGAGUAAAUUCCAAUGAAAAGGAAAUCGUGCUGACACAUACAUCCACUUUUCAGUGUUUCGUUCAGUGGAUGAUAUCAUGACACGAAUGCGUAAAUGAGUACUUGAACCAUUCAAUAAUUGAUAACACAAAUGGAAGCAUAGUUCUGCUACAUACAUGCAUACAUAACUAUUAUUUAAUGACAAGUUGAACAGUCGGUGAUGAUUAGCAACAUUUGACAUUACGGCAUGAAGUAAUAAUAAUAAUAAUUGCCAUAUGCAUUACUAUACGCCUAAAACCUACAUGUAUUUACUUUUCUGUAAUACUUGACUCAUUAGAGUUUGAAGAAAAUAUAAAAGUCACGUGCUGGGAAUGGAAGUUUGAAUGUGUGCGAUUAUUACGAUUCAAGUUGAGCUUCACUAUGCAAUUGAGUCAGUCAGAUCGAGUUCCUUCACCAAACCAACUGAAUAAGGGCAGAAAAUGAAUGAGCAGUAGAGCCAAGUAGUGAUAUGAUACAUAUGAUACCAUAGUUGACUAGUUGUUGUUGGUGGUAAUAAGGUCUGCAAAAGUACAAUCAAUGUGGUGUAGUGUAUCGAUUUAAAUGGCAAAUUGCCUAACGUCGUAUAUAUAAUAAGCACGGGCCAAUUCUCACGAGUGUUAUAUUACUCUCCAACUAAUACAAUCAGACCGUCAGUCAGUCGCAUAUGUACAUUGUUCAUAGUUUAUCUACUACAUACAUACUUGGUUAUCACGGCUGCAACAAACGACCGUACAUAAGAGCGUCAUAAUUUACUCGUAGCUAAAAUGCAAUUCAACUGCAUUUGUAUUUGAGCUGGUUCGAACGAAUGUGUGAAAACUAAUUAGUCAUCAUCAUUCAUCGUGUGCUCUACCAUAAACGACCAUCUACAUACUACCAUUACUGCCGCAGAAGAGUACCUAUUUACAUAGUGGAAAAAUUCUUGAGUUUAUCAUCGCUGUGUUGUUCGUUCCCAAUUCUGUUUAUUCCGUCAUCAUCAUCGUCGUCACAUUAUAUCCUUGUGAGUAAUACGAGUGAAUGAAUUUGGGUUUUGAGCCAGUUUAAAUACGGUUAAAGAAGAAAACAACAUCCUUAAGAAAGCAGCUUACUUCUUAAACACCACAAGUCAACCACAAGUCUCAGGCUCCAAAAAGCUGUCAUAAUCAAUACAGUCCAAUCCUCCUCCAAGACAGCAGACCUUCUCAUCCAUCCAAUAACAGUUGACAGCUGCAGCAGUGGUAAUGUCUUGACUUCCAAUUCUGCUGGAUUGUUCUCUUCUCUGGGAUAAUAAUCAUAAUGAGGAGAACUAGUCAUCCUAAAGCGGAGUGAAGCGUGUCCAGAUGAUACUUGAUAUUUCUUAAACCUAAUCAAGACCGUACUGGAGUCUGUCAUCAGUGAAAAUACCCUUUCUCUCACCCACUAAAAUCUUGGUUGUCUGUUGCUCUCCACAAUGUGCUUGUGAAGUAACGUACAUAGCGUGGGUAAAAAAAGUUUGCAAAAAUUUGCGACUCUUCAAAAAUUUUCCAAAUUCAGUCUAAAUUUAACACGACUGCAAUACCAAAGCUGCAUAAAUAGAAACUCCCCAUCAAUUCAGAACAGACAUUGAAAUCUGUUUGAGAAGAUCGUAGUCAAAUUCUCAACCCGAUCAAUCCAUUUUUGGACGGGAUCAUGUGCUGCCGGUUACCGGUACUCCUUGCACGUUUACUCCUUUGAUGACGAUCUGAUGCAGCAAAGAUUGAUUUCUACAUCCGCUACGAAAGUGGAAUUUUCUGUGCAUUUUUUGCUCUGAUUGACGAGGAUGUGGAUGAGGUGUAGAAGACAAACUCAUCAAAAAUCAGAACCAUCUUAACACCAACGGCCGUGUUCACCAUAAAAUCUUUGUGUGUGUGAGUGUGCUGUGUGCAUCAGACAGUUUUUGGACGUAAUAUUUUUGAGAUUGUAAGAAAUUUGUGUGAUUUCUUGGUAAUAGCAACAGCAGACUUUGAAUCCAGGCUGACAGAAUGCCAAAUUGGAUGUAUGCAUGAUAGUGCAUAUACACCGAAAGCCCCGUGAUCAUGAAUAAAUGAUUGCAAGAUUCGCUGAGCACACGUGAAACAUUUUAAUUUUUGAAAAUCAAUACAAGCACUAUUCUGCUGCUCCCGGCGAAUCCACGCCAGUGUUCAUAAACUCAUUGUAAUAGCGUACAUAUAUCUGGAAGCGUAGAAGACGUGAGAAGAAGAAGGAGAGAAGAGAAUUGCAUAAUCAGCCAUAAAAGUUAAAGACUAUCUCUCAUCGCAAGAUCCACUUCUUACUACGAACGACGACGACUACUACUACUACAAACCUUCUUGCUGACUUCAUCAUCCUCCGUCUAACUAAAUACUUCAUACGGAAUCUGUACAACCUCAUCACCACCACCCACACAUAGCCCAGACGAGAGUUUGCAUUUAAAUUUCAAAGUUUGGAGAGAUUACAAAGCCAACUUAUUAUCUCGAAAAUAAAUCCAGGGACAGAUACCACACCACACUUAUUCCUUGCUUACUCGAGUGUUGCUGUAUUAAUGCCUGCUCUGCAUUAUCACCAUCGUCGUGGUGUUUAAUUUGCGAUACAUGUGUAAUCGUCCUGAUGAUGGUGAUUGUAAACCUGAAUGCAUAAACUUGAAGGUGGAAAAGUUGCACAGCUCUAUCUCAUCUCUCUCUCUCUCCGAUUUAUGAGUUGGAAGUGAGUAGUAAGUGCUCAGAGCGGAACACAACAAUACAAUAUUUACUUACUCCCAUCAUCAAAAGUUGGAGAGGCUGCAAAUAAAUUCAGCACAGAAGAAUAGUCUCGUCAAGUGGCUCAAGUGUGCUAAUUGACAUACAACUGCAAUCAAGUCCGGAAUUUGCCAUAUACACACACGGAUCGGAUAUAUAUACGUAUACAUAAAUGUGUUAACCAAAAUCUGUACACACACACGACUGGAACUAAAUUAUGCACCUCUGCCUUUUGAGAGAUAACCUUCAAGACGUCUCUGGUUUGAUUUGACUAGACCAGAUUGAUUGUUAUUCAUCGCCAGCCAGGAUAAACUGGGGUUAUCGUAGACCAGAAGAAAAUAUUAGUUGCGUAUACACAUUCUAAAUAUAUACGUAUUUACAUAUACACGCCUUUCAGUGUAUUCAAAAUCUCCAGUUCAACAACUCUUCGUCAUAAAACCAAUUAAAUCUCAUUGUGAUCGUUUCACUGCCCAGUUGCGACAACCAAGCUAGAAAAUAGUUAGUGGUCCAUAGUUUGAAAAUAGGACAAGGAUCCAGUUCUCCAUCAAAAUGGAUAUAUUACCAAGUGUGGGGAUCCUGUAUGAGCUGCAAGCAAUUCAUGAUACUGGAUAUUUGUUGUCUCAAGCUUCUCUAGAAGAUGGAUAUAUUCAGGCCUGUUACGAACUUGAGCGUUGUCUGAAGGAAGAUCCAUAUCCAAGAUGUCGUCAUUCAAAUCCGUCCUUAGCCGACUGCGGCAAAGAGACGUCAAACUCCGUCCGCAACUCCAUGUCUUCGUCGUCCCCCAGUAAGCUGAGUGACGAGGAGGACGUGCCCCUGAGGGUCACAGACUCCCCAACGGACUUCCUCCAGAGGGGCCUCCUCGACUUUAGCGACAGUAAUGACUCGUUGGACGUUCUCAGCUCCGGCUGUUCCUCACCUUCCACCAACGAGCUAACGGACGUGGACGCCGAUGUGAUCAUAAAUGGCGGCGUCAUGCUUCAUUCCGUGCGACGGAACAAACGAUUCUCAGAACCCACCUUGUUGUUCCAUCGACCCCCUGCACUGAUUCUAGCCUCCAGUACUAGUAAUAUUAUUAGUAGCACUAGCAGUGUGAGCAGUAGUAGCAGUAGUAGUAGUUCCAGCGUUAGUUCGACAGGUAGCAAUAAGUCGUUAUCAUCAAUAUCAAGAGUCAAAAUUAGUAGCAAACCGGAAGACUGUUCAGAGAAGCGCAGAAAUCACCGAUGCAUGUACCCUGGUUGCAAGAAGAUGUACACAAAGAGCUCACAUCUCAAAGCUCAUGAAAGAACUCACACAGGAGAAAAACCCUACGCUUGCAAGUGGUCUGGGUGUUCAUGGAGGUUUGCGAGGAGUGAUGAGUUGACACGACACUACCGGAAGCACACAGGAGCUAAACCAUUCAAAUGCCCAGAUAUUUCUUGCGCCAGAUGUUUCUCAAGAUCGGAUCACUUGGCAUUACAUAUGAAACGACAUCAAUGAUGUAAAUUUUCGCCUAAGCAAAACAUUCUGGUCAAUUCAUUGUUCUCAUCAUCAUCAUCCGACGCAACGUGGACCAGUCGCCACAAGAUUGAAGAACUUUGUCCUAGUUACACUUAUAAACGUAGUAAUUUUUUUAAUUCGAGGCAUUACCCACUGGGUACCAUUACCUACCACGCCGCGGAACUAAGCAGUGGCGUCUGUGUAGCAAAGUACUCUCAGCCUUGAAGAACUGAUGAGAAGUUCGCCAAACAAGUCAAAACGUCUUCUUGAAUUUUCCAUUCCAGAAUAGAAAGUCCAUGUAGUUCAAGUUCAAUGUAUUGUAUCGUAAGAGUAGGAAAAGGAGGAGGCUUCAGAAGAAAACGGUGGUGGGUGGUUCUCAAGAAAACCAUAUUGUUCUGUUCAAGUGCGUCAAGCAAAUCAAUGGAGGAGGCAAAAAAAACGACAUCAAUUACAAUACUUCUUGCCUUCCAAUAUCUGCACCAGUAGUACUGAAUUCUAGACUAGAAUAUUUAUUAUGCAGAACUUCAAUCAAAGUCAAAUGCUUACAAAUAAUGAUUCUUUUUGCGUAGACAAUUUUUUUAUUAUACAUCCUGAGACUACACUCGUCAACUUUUAGCCGGCUUUUAAGAUUUAGAAAGGAUAGACAAAUAUUAUCAUUAAUUUACUUGUGCAAUGUUUGUUUGGUCGGUUUUGGUUUUGUUUCUGAAACUCUAAAUUGGUUCCUACAAACACCUUUCUCAUUCCGUUGUGACUUAAAUGCUGACUAUUUAUCAUACUUUAAAAUAAAUCACCAGGACUUAUUUUUGAACAUGUUUUAGUUAAAUCCUUGAUUUCAUUUAUUUUUAUUGUUUGCUAUCUCGUUAAAAUUAAAAUUUUCCCCAUACGAAAUAUUACAACCAUGCUUAUUUCGUAUGCAUAUCUAUAUGCAUGACAUAAAUUAUCAACAUCAUCAGUUGCAUCUAUUUCGUUUGGGUUUUCAACGACUAAAUCAUAAUGUAUUAAAAUUAUGUACAUCACUUCAGACAUCGGUUUUUUCAACCAUCGUGAAUGUCCAACGGGUAAGUAGUCUGAAAAAAAAUACUCCAAAGUCUGCAAACCCUGGUGAACACGCCUAGUUUAAAAUCACACAAUAAUUCCGUGAUCCGAAACCGAUGCGCCUGAUACCUUCGUUUCAAAUACAACACGGCACUCCAUUUCUGGUAUGAAUACAUUUAUUAUUUAUUUCUAAAUGUACCAUUGCAUACGUCAGUAAAUGCGCCCGACAAUGAGCGAAAAAUAACUAACUCCGAAGUGAUCUUGCAUCUUUUGUUGUUUUUCAUAUACAUAUACGCUUUUAUAGAAAAUAUAAAUUUGACUUAUGAAAUUCAACCUAACCAAAAUUUUUUAAAUUGUGCCCAUGUUUUACGAUCUUUUCUUAAAUUUAUAAAUUUACUAGUUCAUUGUAAAAAUUAAACCAAACAAGUCAUUUUACUAAAUAUAUGAUUCUAAUUCAUUAUUUGGAACGUUUGAAAAGUUUACCAGGGCAGUCAGGGCGUGCCCCAUAUUUCGCAGAUAGCUUAUCCAAUACGCUAUCCAAAAUCCGAGUGGUUUAUCUGUACAUGCCAUAGCAAAAAUUUCUUGGGCGAGCUCAGUUUGCUUUUACGUCUUCCCCAUCUUUUGUAAAUACACACAUUUAAGGGGUAAGAUUCCCAAGUGUGAGGCUAAUGGGAGUCUUACGUUAGUAAAUAGAAAGAUGUGCACAAUAUUGUUCACCACAGAACAGAGGAAGAACAGAGCGGAAGAUGACAGAAGAAGUGGCUUCAGGGCUGAACAAAUUAGCAAUCACUGCUAACAAACAGAAUGUUCAACAUAAUGCUUCUCAUGCAUCAUUUAAGCUUAUAAUUUUACUGGCGAUAUUCUACGACUACAUACAAAUAUGCAAAUAAAUAUAUAAAUACCUAACAGACAUGCUGAGAUUUAUGCAAGAAAAGACUUUUCUGCGUUCUACAUACUGGCUCUUCUCUGGUUAACAAAUUGAAAAUAAGGGUUACUGAAACUCUUGCCAAUCCUACUUAUUUCACUGCCAUUCGUAAAUAUAUAUGUAAUACUACGCUGAGAAACAGUAUCGUAGCUUAACAAAUAAAUUUUAGCUUAUUCAUCAAAAUAGGAAUUUCAUAACGUUUCAGGUCUGCGUAGUCAAGUUAUUGGUAUUAAACUACGAAUUUUGACAAAAUAACAAUAACUAAAAUUUUUAUUAUGUAACAUGAGUCCUUACUUCGUUUCCAAUAAACUUUCCCAUGUUAAGUCUUUCAAGUAAUUUCAACGGCAUGUUUUGUCAAUUAGGUUUGGUUAACUAUGUAUGCGAAAACAAAUGAAAUUGCUACUAUGGACUUAUGUAUUAACAUGGACGAAUUGAACAACACACUUACUUGCAACCAACAUAUUUAUUUCAUGUUGGGUUUCUUCUUUGAUGAAACAGCAGAAAUAUUACACGUGAAUUGUAUAUCUGACAAGUUGUGCAUAAAUGUAGAACGGUGCUUUUAUAUUAAAAAAUGUGUAUGUGCAAGUUUGCUAAAGUGUGUUUGUAUUUUUUGAUUGGGCUUAAAUUAUGUAUAAAAUUAUAAAAAGGACUAUCAUGUAUUAUGCAGCCACUUAUCUACUUGUUACUGCAUAGACGCCAUUCAUUUAUAAAAUUAUUCACCGAAAUUGCGAGAACAAUUAGUUUAGGUAACACAUUUUUGAAAGAUGAGACGACAAAAAUUGAUAAUCAGUCCUCAACAAAUCAGUCAUUACAUAAAUAAUUAAUGCAUAUAUGUAUGUACGUGUAUAGUUAGGUUAUAACCAUCAUAGUUUCUCCAAAUUCCUAGUGCUUAGGUGUAUAUCUGUCUCGUAAAUUGAAAGUACAUAGUUUUAAUGAUACUGGAAAUAUUCAAUCAACUGAAUUUAUAAUAAGGGCACGAGCGUUGUUAUUGUGAUUCGCAGCUAUACUUUAAUCAAAUUAUUGGCGAAUGGUAUCAUUUUUUAAAUUGAUUUCCUAUUCGGUAGUGUCCUACAAAACAAAAUGCUUAAUGGGUUUGGUUGGAUGUAAAAAAAAGUGUGCAUGCAUAUACUAGUAAAUAAUAUAAUUAUGCUGAGUGUCACUUUUUGUGCCAAUAUUUCUUGAAAGACAUGCCUCAGAUAUUUCUAUAUAUGUACGGUCAAUGAAGUUGAUGCUGGAUAUGCUGCACGGUUCCAACACCAUUGGUCUGAUCUCGACAUAAGGUGUCGGUGUGAAAGUUGGAGAAAUGCUCCUUACUAAAAGAGAUAACAAUUAGAUAAGUCUCGAGUAACAUAUGGAAACUUAUGCAAUGAUCUCUGAGACUCAGAAUUUGAAAAUAUAUAAAAAUAUCAGAGGCUUAUGUGUAUAAUGAAAUUUUGACAAAAAUAGGGUUGACUAAAAUUUACUCCCACCUUUGACCAUUAGGGAAUUUUUAAAUCCCAUGAUUUCAUAGUCCAGAUCAUACCCUUUGUCGCUUGCACUUAUAAAUUUAGAGCUCAGAGUUUAUUUUUCUAUUCAUGAUAUCGACCGUUGAACGAAUUUCUUAUUUUUGAAUCAUCCCUUUGAAUAUUUCGUGAACUUUUAGACGGAUUUUUAGAAGUAAUAAUAUGUGAUUUCCGGUAACAUUUAUUGGUGAUGAGACAAUCCACUUUAUACUUUGUUGCCAUUUGCCGGUUCGCUUAGCCAGAACCACUAAACGUACCAUUGUAUUGAUCUCAAAAAGCAUAUCCGCAUUGACUUUCUACAUUACGUGAAGAAAACCUUAUCCCAUUUUUUUGGUGGCCUAUUGGCUCUAGACAAUCUUUAUUUAGCUAAUAUCAAAUUACAUAUAAUAACAGUAUAACCUUUAUUGUCAGUACUAUCAGGCGUAAGCGCUUCUAUUCAGUGUAAUUGGUAAAAGUAAAAGGUUAAGAGUAGAGAGAUUAUUAGGAUGGAAAGCUGGCAGUAAAAUAUGCUCCCAACAAAUGUAUGUAGCGUAUGUGCAAACAGUACCCCAUUGUCCAACAAUGCUUCAAAUUAAUGUAGGUACUAGCAUUAUGAAAUGACGAGCAGAACAUUAUUCUCUGUUCAGGACCGAUGCAGUUCUUUCAGAAAAAAUCGCACUUUAGUUUGGAGUAUCAAACCGAAUUCACAAUUCUCAUAAAAUUAUUAUUAUUGCUAUGCAUAAUUUGAAUCAUAUCAACCUUUUAGAAUGGACAAUUUUUUAAAGCAAGUUGGCAUUUUUUUAGUUCUCAAAGAGCAUUCUAAAUCCUUCGAUAAAAUUUAUGCAGGUCUAAUCUAGGAUGCUUUCUUUGGUGACACUGUAAUUUGAUUCAUCCUGUAUUGAUACAUGCUUUAAUUGUUCGGUUAGUAUACUCGAAACCAGGAUACAUAUGUAAUUUGUGCAGUGGCAUUCCAGGUUAGUUUUAUGACUUUGUUAUCUCAUUUUUUUACCAAGAUUUUCUCAGUUUAUAAUUAUCUGCAUGUUCAGUUAUUGGAAAUAGCUGGUGACAAGAAUAGGAUAUUCUUGUUAUGAUAUAUAGGAUUUAAUUAAGUAAGGUAUGGUCGGUACUAAAUUAAUUAGAAUUUAGCAAAGAAGUACAUGGUGUCGACAAAAGUUGUCUGAAACUUAUUUGUUCUAAUAACCGGAAAAGUUAAUAACUUACAUAAAUAAAUGAAUACAUGUAGUUUGUUUUUUGUUGAUUGCGAAAUUGCGACAUCGUUGGCUUGUGUCAAGUGGGCCUGAUGCUGAUGAAUGGUGCUUGAACAAAAUUAUAUUUUUCUUGGAAAUCCUUAGAAGUGUAGAAAGCAAAAUCUUACCUGGUAUAUUACGCGACGACCUUUUAUUAGAUUACUGAAUACGGUUGAUCCGACAUACGUUAUUCGCAUUAUAAUUAUUCUUUAAGCAUGUGAGUUGUAGUAGAUAUAAAUAUUCGAUUCUUGAAACCACAAUUCGAAAAAUAUUACAAAAUGUGGUUGAAAACCUAUGUAGUAAAAUCUAAAAAACCAUUUGAAUAGUCUAACUAAAUCGUUCAACCUGGCAAUCGCUUCGUCGUCUUGUACGUACGUACCAAUUUGUCGAAUAGUGAAAAAUUUGUUUUGCAGUUUUAUGUAUGUUUUGAAUGCGCAAAUGAGAAGAUCAUUCUGCAGAUUUGGUCUCUCAUUUGCAGCAAAUUAAAUAAUAAUAGUGUUCAAGUGACGCAUAGUUUCGACUAGAACCCUCAUGUUCAGAUACAUAUGCAGUGAAUAAAAGUGUGUUCGGCAUAAAUUAAAAAAAUAGUAUGUAUGAUUAAGUGAUUAACUAAAUAGGAUAAUUAAGUGGUCUGCAUUGAGUUGUACUUUAAAGAAAGUGCAAUUUUCAUUAAUUUAAAGUUUGAAAAAUCGGGAAAAUUUUAUUGGCAUGUAAGAGUUAGAGAAAAAAUAAAAUGUGUGAAUUUUAAAAAUAAUUAGUGUGUUGCUGUACUCAGUGCUAAAUUGAUAUAUGUAAUUCCGAGUGAAAUCCUUACAAAACUUUUGCGUGGAUUUUCUCAUACUAUGAAUACUUAAUAGCAUUUAAUAAUGUGUACCUUACUAGAGACAUCCAAUUGCUAUUUGUGGCAAGGAGUGAGUUAAGUCCUACUGAUAUAUUUGUCGAUUCUAAUUGUUGAAUUUUGGAUCACUAGCGUGUUGGUUGGUUGUUUGAAUGACGGAUGAUUAAUGCUGUUACGUGUUACUGAAUUCUGCUUGUUAUGCAACUGCAAUAAUAACUUUUUUAAAUUAUUGAUACAACAUCGACGAUGGACAUCGGAAAUUGAAAGAAAGAAUGAUUUCUAUGUGUGUAAGAAGUUCCGAUGAGUAAUCAAUAUCUCAAGUCAUACUUCCGACUGUUGUUUUAUAACAUAGAGUGCCCAAAAUCUAACCAAGAAGAACGUUUUUCAUUGUCAUUAAUUAAAAGUUAACUUACGCCGUAGUUUUUGUAAAACCAAGCAGUAUUGUUUUCCACGUAAUAUUAUUGUUUCAUAUUUACUUUCUCAGAUAGCCGUAGUUUAACCUAAGGACAAAUUGCAUUGAGUCAUGUUGUCUUCAAAGUAGUCAAUAAAGUAAAAAAUAAUGCAGUUAA